AUGAAAACCGAAGAGUUUAACUUCAACCAUGCAACGGUACUGAUGCCGCAUGAUCCUGUUCAACUACGAGGCAAGAGUCGUGAUAGUGGUAGGAUGAUCGUGCUUGAUCGCUCCACGGAUAAGAUUGAGCACACAGUAUUCCCGACUAUAUGUGACUACUUUCGGCCCGGCGACCUUUUGGUCUUGAAUGAUAGCUAUAUGCUGUCAAAUACACUGUGGUACCAUACCGGUGAAGAAACUGUGCAAGCAACUGUAUAUGGCCACGAGCCUGAUGGCUCUACUAUUGUCGAGAUCAAAUCCAACAAGCUGCCCGUCAAGCAAGGCCUUACCCUCACAUCAGCUGAUGACAAGCGUCUGACCUGCGUCCUGCUCGAAUCCCAACCUGACCAGCUCUGGAAGGCCAAGUUCGAACCCUCUGAGCUAUUAGUGCCGACGCUGGAACGACACGGACUUCGCCUCGACGAGUCAGUGCACCUCAAUCCAACGCACUGGCAAGCUGAUCGUGAAGCUUAUCGAUCCGUAUACGCCAAAAAGCCUGGGUCCCUGGAGAUUCCGUCCGCUGGACUUCACUUUUCCCAUGAGCUGCUAGCCCAAAUAACUGCCAAGGGAGUUGAUAUAACUUCGAUUACGCUGCAUGUCGGGGCGACGGAGGUCCUCGCCGUUCGUCAUAUUAGUGAGGAAGAGAUCGAGAAUCAUAAGGUGAGAUCUGAGUACUUCGAGGUUGGAGACGAGGCAGCUACAAAAGUCAACAAGGCCCGGGCCGAGGGGCGCCGUAUCAUCGCAGUUGGUACAACUGUCAUGAGAACCCUCGAGUCGCUUGCGGUUAACAAGGAGCCCAAUGCCAUCAUUCAACCUCAAGCUACGUGGACUGAUCUCUAUAUCUAUCCUGGCUUCAAGUUCAAUGUCGUGGAUGUGCUUUUAACGAACCUCCACCGACCACGAUCCAGCCACAUCGUGCUUACUGCAGCCUUUGCCGGUAAAGAUUUUGUUAUGCGCAGCUACGAUGAGAUUGGCAAGCACGGAGGGUAUGAGUUCGACAUGUUCGGCGAUAGCAUGCUAAUUGUGUAG